UUUCUAGCAGGCACGUCUAGUCUUGUCUGGCUCGGACCCGUUUCAGCUCAGCUUUGCCAGCACGCGUAUUACCCAUUUCUCAGCUAUGGGUACGGAACGACUACAGAUAAAAACCCUUCAAUCAUUUACAGAACUAACUGCAGCAGAUCAGCAGCGGUGCAUUGACUGCUUUCGAAAUGAGCCACUCGACGAUAGGAAUAUACAGAAUAAAUAUGUUAAGCGGACAGGUGUAUUGAAGAGCCGUGCCCGACAGGAUCCGCUGGACAACGAGUGCUUUCUGUGCUUCGAUAUCUAUCCACUCAAUUUCAAAUAUAGCACAAUUAUAUUCUGUGUGUGCGGCAUCACACACCACGCGUACCAUGUGAUCUAUAUGAAUGUCGUCGAGGAUACCAAAAUGGAGAGCUUGAGCCAGUUCAUGUGCGAUCUAUUAUACAAUCUGAUAUCCAUAGAGAUGCCAAAGUUGGAAAAUUUUACGCUCAAGUUCGUUCUGUGUCGCGACAAUCCAAUCAAUAAAAAUAUACUCAAGCUGUUCUCCGAAGCGGACAAGACGGUCGGCAUAUAUAACACAUUUUCCUUUAUACGUGAGACAAACGUGCUCCGACAAUCGCAGUUGCACAAUCCUUACGUUCAAGUCGCCUGGCUCGAGAUAAUGCAGGGCAACAUCCAACAGACCACCAUUCGUGAUCUAUUCCAAAAGCAUCGGGAAGCGGCCAUUGCCAAGGAGGAUGAAGUUAUGAAAUUGUUCGUCGAAGAUUUCAAUAACCUGGCCAAGGAUCUGCUUGAGUCCAGAUUUCAGGUCAAUCUUCGGCUGUGCACCAUGGAGCGAAUUGACAUCUUUGAGCAAAUAAUACGCGUCCACAUGAAGAACUACAAAGAUCGCACGAUUUCCCGCCUAUUUCUUUUUGAUUUAAUAAGAGCUAUUAUCCAUAUUUAUGGUCUCUGAGCAUUGAUUGACAUUCGGGCAUUGGUUUUGUCUAAAAUUGGCUAGCAAUUCAAAUUGACCGUAAA